AUGUCGAAUAAAGAACUGGAUUUGGCCGAACAUACAAAUGCAAUGGAUGUUUCGCUGGCUUUGGAUCCCAUUAAAUUGCAAAAUGAUAGCGAGCAAAAAUACUUCGAUUUGAAAGCACAGCAACAACAACAACAACAAGAUCAACAACAACAAGAGGUUCACCAAGGAACGAAUUUUGGCGAAACGACACUGAAGAUACUUUUGUCAAAAACUUACCGGGAUUUGCUCUGGAUAUUCGGUGGACAGGAAAAACCAGAAACGAAACAAAUUCGGGAACGGUAA